UGGGCAUACUCCAUUAAAGCUGGCAGCAGAGAAAAAGGAAAUCAACAGACAGUAAAAUGGCUUAUUGAGAAAGAAGCUGACAUAACCAAAGCUGACUCAGUAAGUUUAAGGUUUUUAGCUCUUCAAAAUGUUUUUUUAAGCCAAUACUUUUUAUUAAAUGUCAUGAUUAGUCCUUAGGUCUAUUACUAUCCAGGAAUGAUAAUAUUCUUUAUAAAAAGUGAUAGUCAUCAUCUUCAUUCUGCUUUUGCCAUUGGGAUGGCGAUGCUCUGUACAAUCACACCUGAUCCAGAAGUAAAUUGUUUGCAAGAGUCUCCCUGUUGAAUCAGAAUCUAUUAAGACCAUAAUUAUCUGGCCAUGGAUUGCCAUUUCCCUUGAAUAUACAGGGCUGUUAAAUUGUACAUUUAAAUAAGUUUUGGUCCCUUUUUUCGUUCAGGUUGACAACACAGCCAUUCAUGUUGCAGCUGACAAGGGCACUAUGGUGUGUUACAGUUGUUAUUAUCGUCAGAAGCUUUUGCUAAGAAUCCAGGGAUCAUUGGCAAGCAAAAUAAAAUACAGGUUUUAAAUUCUUCUUGGGGCAAUGGGGGUAGUGGGAUGGGGAGUGGGGCAGAUUGAAGGAGGUAUCAAUUAAAUCCAAAUAAAGUUUACUUACCCUGUUAUGUUGACUCCUCCUUAACCUUGCUCGAUCAGAAACUUUAAGGUAAUUCACUUCAAAUGGAUAAUAAUGUAUAUCCAGAAGUUUUCAAACUUGGCACAAUUAAAAGUCAUGUAUAGGACAUUGAAGAAGCGAUGAUGAUGGGGUCACUGGCUGUGGUUUUGCCCAGCUUGCCUGUUAUAUAGAGUUUUGACUGCAUGAGUUGCAUGGAGAAUGUUUAAAACUUGAAAACUGUUAAAUGCUUGUAAUUCUUUUUAUUAUUUAGCAAGAACUACAAAAAUUGAUAGUCAUGUAUAAGACAUGCAAAAAAAAAUGCAAUAAAAAGAUGGAUUCACUGCUCUGGGUUUUUGCCUGGGUUGCCUAUCAUAUUUUUGAAUGUUAUAUUCUGAUUUGCGUGCAAAAACAUUCAGAUCUUGAAAACUGUCUGUAACAGGACAGUGAAAUGGCAAUAGUUAUUAAGCCUUUAAGUCCCAAUAGUGACCUACAUCAAUUUUCUCCUAACAAUAUCCAUACAAUGUCAAGAGAUUAGGUUAUGCAAAUUAAUUAAAUGAUCACCAAAGAGAAAAUGCUUUUGAUCAAAUUCUCUCAACUUAUUCUUUAAAAGAAAUGUUUAGAGAUUGGUUUGGAGAAUUUGCUUGUGGAUACUAGGGGCUUAAAGGGUUAAUGCUUCAAAUCGGUCCAUUUUAUGCAAAGGGACUGGGUCAAAACCCUUUGCCCAAAACUUAUUUCAACUGACGAGCAAAAAAAUUGAACAGAAUAUACCAGCCUGAUAGCAAAAACCACUUGCCCCAGGCUACUGGACAUUACUUUCUUUGCAUGCUGCUACAUCCAAACCAUACCCCCCAAGAAAAAAAAUUCAUUUCUAUUCUCGGUGUAGUUUGGUGUAGUAUUUUUUUUUAAGAGAAGUGAAAAGGUUUAAGUUCUAAUUAACCUAAAGGAACUACAUUCAACAACUGGAACAGUUUUUUAAAAUAAUUAUGGGCUGGAUUGUAUAGAGAGAAGUUGUCCCUGGUAGUGGAAUUGAUGGGUCACCCAACAACUUACCCGAACUACCCUGGGCGAGCCAACUUUACAUGCAUUUCCUUACAAGACAUGGCAGUAAUUGUUACAUGAGAAACAAAAAGCAAGCUCGGUUAGUAGGGUGGCCCACCUAGCCAGGACUCACCCUUUUGUGGUGGUAGGGGGGCCCCCUAGGGGGUACUCCCUUUUAGUAAAAUCCAACUAGUGGUCUAUUAUCAAUGUUGCACUCUGAUUGGUACAGCUACUACUAGGCUAUAUGUUAUAGCCCACUAGUAGCGAUAAGUGCUGGCUUUAAAAACCAAAACAAUGGCGGCUGAAUCGCGUUUUGCUAGUUAAAGUUGCUUUGUCUUGAUAUUUUUGACCCACUAGUUGGAUUUUACUAAAACAAUUAUUCCUCUCGCCCUCAUGGCCUCUGAGUCAAUAGUCCAUUCGGCCUUCAGCCUCAUGGGCCAACUCUCCUCCAUAUAAACAAAGCCAAGGUUGUCCUUCUUUGUUUUAGGAAUUUAAUACGUGCUCGACCAGUAUCUAAACACACUUAGCAUGCAGCGGAAGCAUAUCAUGUUGUGAGCAUGCUUUUGAAUAUCUUUAGCUGUCAAAUCCUCCUGUGGUGGGUCACAUAUAAACACUUUAGCUUGCCUAGCUGGGUCAACUUUGGUCAAGGCAAGACAAUCAGAGCAUACGCAAGUGCUGUUUUGACAAUCAAAGCGUGCACUAAGUCAACUUUUCCUCAUAUAAUCGCUUGUUAGGGUUGACUCGGCUGAGACAGGUUUUUUCUUUAAAACUCGGCCUAAGCAAGCCUGAGAAAACAGCCGACAUUUGGCGACGUUAACCAUUGGUUUUCCCGCCAAAUGACGUCAGCGAAAGGAGCGCAGAAAUUCCAUUCUGAUGACGCGUCACUACCCAGAUCUGGGUAGUAAUUCUGAUUGUGCCGCCUGGGAAAUUUAAUUGAACCAAUCAGAAGCACUACCCAUUUCUAGGUAGUGCUAUUUAUUGUCGCUAUUGCCAUAAUUUUCACCAAACGUACAUGGUAUCAAGUGUAAAACUGACAGCAAACAUGGAUCUUUAAAGACAUUAUUUUACAUGCAUUUAUGUUGUAGAAUUAUGUGUAAAUAAUCCUAAGAAUAUAUCUUUCCUUUAUUGUAGGAUAAAAAUACUCCUCUUCACUUGGCUGUUGCGCGGGAGUGCCAAAAUUGUGUUGCUCUGUUGUUGUGUUAUGGUGCUGUUUCUUCACUGGAGCUACAAAACAGAGUAAGAAUCCAGCCUCAAUGUAUUGUGCAAAGGCAAUGGUGACAGCAACGAGAACCGCCAAAAAAGCAAUAGGUUUAGAUCAGCAAAAGAAUGUUUUUCACGUUCAUCACCCUUUUGUGUACAUUUUUUUAUACAAACUGCUUUAUUUCACAUUAUGUUGUGGACGUGAACACAAGGUAACCAUUUCCUAAUUCUUUUUUUAAACUUACAACACAAUCAUUUAGAAUUCAGCCCCAGAAAAGAUCACCAGCAUUUGACAAAUUGAACGACAUCGUUUAAGCGCGAUGAAAGCUCUCUAUUCUCUAUGUCACACUCUUAUAGAUCAUAGGUGUUUCACUCAGAAGUUUGAGAUCAUAAACUGCUGAGCUGGGGAUGAGGGCCACCUACCUAUUGAGGCCACGGUGGGGUACUCAAUACGUAGAAUUGGAAAUUGUAGGCUAAGAAAAAUAGUCACAAAUGCCGAGAUCUAAAACCUAUGAAUCAAAAUUAUAUCGUUUGUUACGUUACUUAAUUGGUUAGUGCUAUUUACAUGAAGGAAAUCGUCGCAAUUGUGAUAUACAAUUAAAUUCUUGGACAUUAGCCAAGAUCAGCGCCCCUUUAAGGCGAAUCCAUAGCCUCUGUCAGUAGCGUUACAGUGCUCUACCAACUGAUCUAUGAAGACCCAUAAAUUACGAGUAGGCCAAUUGUUGAGUUCAUUUUAACCCGCGAAAGGUAGAGUUAUGUUGCGCUUAGACAGAGAAAAAUAAUUUGAACAUCAUCCAUCAUCAUCUGUACUAUCACAAGAAAUAUUAGCCGUUGUCCCCAGACUGGGCUCCUGACCACCAUAAAGUGCGCAGAAAAUUUGGAUCCCUCUGAAAAUGGAAAGUUAAAAUGAAAUGAAGAUGCUGUAAAACCUAUAGAAUAUUCCAAAGAAGUAAAACAGACAAUUUUUAAAGUUCCAAUGUCUCUCUUUUUGCUGAGAUAGAAUCAAAGUUGUCUUGACUUCAUUGUGUAGAUUACCAAGUUAAACCGAGUUGUUCUUGUAGUCCUUUAAUAAACGCCGAAUUCUUCUGAUUAUUAAAUCUUGGAUGGAGUUUAUUUGAAUAAAUAUGAUACAUUAUAUAAUUUCGUUAAAAAAUGUUUUGAGUAAAAUGUGUAAAAGUGUUGACUACAAUUAUUUUUGGCCUAGGGUCAAGUUGUGAGGAUAAUGCAGCACUGUGCAUCAGUUUGCACUUGUAACCCAUGUGGUACCAGUCGUGUGAGCCUUUAACAAAAUUUUUCUAAUUACUCACUUUGCAGCAUAAUGAAACACCCAAGCAGAUAGCAAAAGGGAACAAAGUCAUCACCGAACUUCUGGAGAAUCCUUCAAAAGCCAGACAGGUCAGCAUUGUAAGACAUCAUGUCUCUUACUCUUGUUUUCAUCUGGGGUCCUAGUUGGAAAAGAAACAACAUUAACAUUUCAUUUCAGAAUGAUAUUUCCCCCAAAAAACCGUGAGACUGGGAGUUGUCAUGAGGUCGUGAGAAAAGUCAAAAGUGAGACUCGCGGCAGAUCGUGAGAGUUGGCAGGUCUGUUAUCGGGCUAGUGUAAUUUUGUCGAUUUAUAGCUGGUUGAUAGGUAGUCUAAAUUAGUCGUAUCCACCACUAAACAUUUCCUAAUCCCCAUGAUGCUACCAUUCGCAUGUUACCUCUUUGACAACAAUUUGAGUCUUGCUGAUGUCGACUCCGUGAGGGCCCAUCACGAACAACUGACCAAUCAAGAACUGUUCCAUUCAGUUGUUUAGAACCCUUCUAAUAAGUUUCCACAGUUUGUUACCAAAACCGUGCAGCAGGCUUACAUUUCAUUUAAGGAGACAGAAUUCUUUCAAUCUACACAAGUAAAAAACCUUUCAAACUAAGAGAUUAGAUUGUACGGACAAUUUUAUCAACAAGAGUCGGUUCUCUGACAAUGUUUCCUGAUUUUUUUAGAUUUUCAAUUACAUUGUGGUUAUUACUGAGGUGUCAUGGCGGGGCUCCACAGAGCCCCAUACUCACAGAAUAUGGUGAACCUCUUUUCGUUUGGUUGUCACGUGAUUGACCGACCGUACGUAUGUACGCGUCUACAGAUUGUAAGGGUGGAGUAGGGGAGACUAUCAAAAGGGAGGGACGGGUAUCUCAGGCGUGUCUUGGCAAGUCCACAUCUUGUAUAUUGGACAUUCACAAAAUGGUCAUUUGACAGCUGUCAAAACAGGAUAGCCACUGACCAGUAUCACAUGACCAUAUUGCGGGUUCAUGUUUCAACUCAUCGAGGUGACGUGAUUCAUUUGGAAGCUGUCCGCUGACCAGUUAAUUGUUUUACUAGAUCACGACAGGAGCCCAUCAUUUGAUGGGCUGCUGAACACGAUCAAUGUUCAAUCUCAUUUUCUAGCUAGUUUGAGAGCACAGGAAAACUGAUAAUGCAGACAUGUUGGACAUCAAUGUUGUGAUCAACUGACAGCUGUCAAAACAGGGUAUCCGCUGACCAGUAUCACUUGACCGUAUUUCGGGCUCAGGUGUCGACCCAUCCAGGUCAAGUAUUUUUUGAAGUUAUCCGCUGACAAGUUACUAGUUUUCAAAUGAUCGCAGGCUCAAGUUUAAUUUUUUUUUUUUUAAUUCAGAUGAAAUAUGUCGUGCAUUUCUGCCGCACAAUUAAAAUUUUGAUUUCAAACUGAUCUCGGACGCGAAAAUUCAGCCAGCUAUUACAGCCAGGGAAGAGAGUUGCUUUUGACUUUGCUCACCAUGAUCACGCGUUGGUCACACUCUUCGUCCAAUUUUUAUGCGCUGAUUGGUCAAAAUUUGAUAGGUGAGUUCAUGCGGAAAAUUUAUGCGGCAUCUUGAAUCUUGUUUACUUUGACAGCGGAAGCUGACAGAGUUUUGCGUCAACUUGUGAUGUUUUUAACUGUUUUUUCCACUGGAUGUACAAAAUGAAAUUCAGCUGUUAUCAGGAGUCUUCUGUUAUUUAUGGCUAGUUUGUUUAUUGGGUUUUUGGUUGAGAAAUACGUCACUUUUCAAAGUCGGAAACCCGAUUUCGGAUGGCAUCGUUUUCGUUUUUCACCUUGCUUGAUGCAUAAGAGGGUUGCAAAGUCUGAAGCGGUACUGGCCUACUUGAUACCUUUCAGGACUGCAUCUUGAAUGGUAAGCCUGAGUCAGUAUUGUAUUUGAUGUUUGUUUGUUAUAUCUAAUUUAAUGAAGUCGAGCGUAGUUUAUGCGGCUAUUUAGUUUAUGCACGUUUGUAAGAUUUGAGAUAAUGAUCUGACCGAGUAUCAGUUUUGAUAUAAGCUUACAGAACUUUAAAAAGCCUUUAGACAUUUUCUAACCGCAAAUAGAAAGAAAACGUUCCAAAGAAUAUUUAGUUAUAAUUCUGGCUGUAUAAGAAAGCUUUAAGCGAUUUUCUUGCCUCGAGUUCAUCUUUGAAAAGAAGCAAACGCCGGGAAGCCGGUCCAAAACAUGAACUUAAGCUUUAAGCUUGAAGACUCAGGAUUUUUAGAGACGCUUUAAUACUUGUCGUCGCGAAUGAAAAUUGUUGUCUCUGUAUAUGUUUCACCGGAAUUAUAUUUCUUUUAUUGAUUGUUAGUAGUCUCUCUUGUAAUUUUAAUCGCUGUGCCGUUUGUUUUCAGUCGUUCAGUGAACAUCGCUUGCAGGGGUACUCAAAAUGCCGCGCGUAUCAAACGCUUUUGAAGUGUACACAUCGAUAAAACCAUUAAAUGAAGAUAAGAAAUUCUUUGUUAUUCUAUGUUAAUGUUCAUUCAAACACGACCACAGCUCGCUCUGCAAAAGUGGGAACCGGCUGAUUUUGGAAAUUUGCUUCGAUCGAUCGUCCUGAAUAUUGAAUGAGUGCAGUUUGGAUCGCAAAAUUGUGAGAUACUGCAUUCUGUCCGAGGUCUGUAUGAUAAAAACAGUGCCUCAUAGUAUUGUUUCACCUCAGAUGUGAUGUUUAAAUGGUAUAAAAGGUUGGUUUACACGCACCCAGAUUUGUUGGCAAGAUUUUGUAAAGUAAACUUGUCGAACACAAAAAAUUCGGCCUGAUUUUUUUUCCAGGCCUAAUUAAUCUACGGUGAUCAAGAACCAUUAUGGCUGUUAAAUGUGAUCGAAGAUGAUUGCUAUUUUGGGGGUGUACAUAUGAGGCUAUCUUGGGCUGUUUGCAAGUUAUUUUUACUUAGCCUUUCCCUCAAAAGUCAUGAAGGUCGGUCACGCAUGUCGGUCGUUCCAUAGGUUAAGCGGCGUUUUACUUCUAAUCUUGUUGUUUAGCCGGUUUAAACAGUACUCCGUGGAAUCUGCAUCAACACGAUUCUAUUUGGGGACUAGACUGUCCGCAACUCCUUCGGUAGAAGGUGGAAGAACACUUCGCUCCGAGUUCACUCGCCCAUCUCAACGACGGCCAUGUUCUAUUCCAAAGAUACUCGAGCUUUGCAAGCAGUCUGGUGUUGCUCUUUGCCUAAUCUACUUAGCUGGCGAUAUUGAGCUUAAUCCUGAGUCCGCAGCGAGGAAUGUCCGUGGCAUAUGUAGAAAGAUUAUCAAGAAAAACCAAUCUUCUGCGGACUGCUCGGUUUGUCUAAAGUCGAUCCAUCUUACAUGCUUUGGGCCUUAGCAAAUCUUGUAGUUUGUGCACUUGUCAGAAUCAUUCUGCUAACGAAAAUGAGAACAGCCUGAUCGACAAUGGCCUAUUUCUAUCACAGAAGUUAAGUGACAUCUCAGUGAUCAAGGGUUUUAAGAUAUAUUAGGGGUCUAACCGGUAGGAUUCAUGAACUGCGUCUCAUCGUUUCCGAACUGCGCUCGAGUCUACAGUUUAUGAGUUUCUCUGAAACCUGGGCACAUAAAGAUAUCGCGGACUCUGAGCUUGGGAUUCCUGGCUACAAACUUUUUCGCCGAGACAGAGGAAAUAAAGGGGGUGGCCUUGCAGUGUACGUAAGAAAUGAUACGAAAGUUAUGCGUUGGCCCGACCUUGAAGAAUCGACUAUCGAGGGUCUUUGGGUCGAAGUUUGCCUACCGAAAUCGCGUAGCUUUCUAGUUGGCACAUUUUAUAAGCCGCCAACGUCUUCAAAUCAUGCGGUCAAAGACUUCAUGCCUAUAUUUGGCAAUUGUCUUAGGCGUGCUACGGCUAUGGAUAAAGAGGUGAUCAUCACAGGCGAUUUAAAUUGUAAUUUAUUACCAAAACGGACCACGGAGUCAGACUGUAAACAACUCUAGGCGCUACUGAGACAAGAAAACCUUACUUAGCUCAUAAAUCAGCCCACUCGUUUUACUCAAUACUCCAAAACACGUUUGGAUAUUAUUAUCACGAACUCUCCCCAUAACAUUAGAGAGUGCGGGGUUUUUUGCAUAAAGUUAAACUGGAUGAAAGCUGCCACAGAAACAAAGAUUUUCAGGAAUUAUGCAAAAUACGACCCUGCAAAGUUUUGUGAAGACCUUAGAGGUGUUAAUUGGGUUGUUAGUAUGAAUUCCUCUGGGACAGCAAAUGAGAAUGUCAUUUGUGUUGACGAACUCUGGCUCAAUUUUAAUUCCGCAUUCCUUAAGGUGGUGAUCGUCACGCCCCACUUAUCCAGAAGCGAGUACGUGGUGUAGAUAAUUGUCCGUGGAUGACUGGCCAAAUAAAGAAAGACAUUAGUCAGUGUGACUACUUUUUAAAAAAGGCGAAAAAAUCAUCCCGUGACGAAGACUGGCUUGCGUAUAAAUCUAUGCGAAAUCGUGUGACGAACUCAGUAAAGAGGGCAAAACAAACAUACAACAAGAAGUUAAUUGAUAACCAUAAAGAUGACACCAAAGCCUUCUGGAGUACAACGAAGAAGAUCAUUCCCGGGAACAAGAGCUCUGGCGGUUCCAAAAAUAUCAAUAUUGACGGUGUGCUUUGUAGUGAAGCCAGUGAUGGAAAGAAAAUUGCUAAUGGUUUCGAUAAUUUUUUCGCUUCAGCCGCUGUACGCCUUAAGCGGGCUUUCGGUAGUGUUUCUUUUAAAAAAAGAAGCGUUGAUCAAAACGUUAAUGGAUCAAUACCAAAUUUUAAAUUUGAAUUGGUAAAUGAGUCGCUGAUUGUUAAGACACUUCAAGGUCUCAAAGAAAGCAAGGCUAGUGGUCUUGACAAUAUAUAUCCGCGUAUGAUGAAAGAUGCUGCAGUGGUUAAUUGCCAAGCCGCUGACUCGAAUUGUAAAUGAAUCAUUGUCGCAGGGAACAGUGCCGAGUGAGUGGAAGUACGCAAAAAUAACCCCACUGUACAAGAAAGGAAUAUCUACCGAUAUGGAUAAUCACCGUCCAAUUUCGGUUUUACCUUUUUUAGGAUCUUUUUCUAUUAGCUUAGUUAGGACUAGUUUAAAGUAUUUUUAACAUAUUGUUAUAUUUCUUUUUUUAUCUAGGGCCUCUAAGGAUAUCAGUUUUUGUAACUGUAGGAGUUACCCUAGCUAAAUAAAAGUAUCUUCUUCUUCUUCAUGAAUGUGCUCUAAAGUUAACUGAAUUUUGGAAUGCAAGUUUAUUGUGUGAUUUAAUUAUAAAUUUAUUGAUGGGAGCCUCGAUUUUAGCCCUGGCUAAAUCUAUAUAUUAUUUUUUGCUAAGGAUAGUUUUGGAUCAAUUAAUUUGUAAAAUUGUUCAAUAUAGUGCGAUUUAUAAAACACAGUCUAUUCUUUUCUAUUCUGGUUAGCUGUAAACCAAUUACUUAUUAUAAGGACUCUUAUCUAGAGAGUAUUGCAGGUUGACAGCUUCCUGAUCAGACGUAGGUAUGAAUUCAGAGGAAUCUCGUUUGUGAGAUGUGUUUGAAGUACGGUAUAGGGACCACUGAGGUUUUAUUGAUCAGCAAGUUUGAAUGGUUAUAGUCGAGGCCUGUGUGUUGCAAGUCCCAUGGGGACACAGCAGUCAAAAAAGUGAUAACUUAUAAGAUAUAUUUAUUGUUGAAUAGAACUGAUGGGUGAGUUUUGUUUUGUACAGCGUUUAAUAAAACUGCCCACGCCAGAUGUCCAAGUGGUUGGAAAAGGUGGUUCAGUGGAAGCUGAUGGCACAGGUAUAUUUUAUACUCAUUACACUUAUUAUUAUACAUUGUACCCACUAUCUGUCUUCUCAUACGCUAAGAGCCUACAGCAAAUUUUGGAAAUCAGGUCAACCUACAGAUUAGUUAGUUAUCUGCUAACAGAUAACUGACUAAUUUGUAGGUUGCACGGGCAAUGCGUAAUUUCCAAUAACAAUAUCAAUUCAGGCUCCUUGCGACGCUGUGUUUGCCGUUAUUUUCUUCUAAACGAUGUAUAAAAGCAAUUAUUAGAUUCUGUUUUUGUGAUAUCCUGAAUAAUCAAGGUCUCAAUAAGUGUUACCAGCCUCGGCCUUCGACUCGGCUGAUAACACUUGCCUCGACCUUAAUUAUUCCGGAUAUCACAAAAAUCUCUUCCAAUAUUUGUUUAUAAUCACCGGUACAACACAUUGUACAGUCUCUUAUUUGACAUACUUAGUGCUUGGUCAGGAGUUUCUCCCCCUUAAAGACAUAAGAACAUCUGUUAAAUAUGGAGGUUUCACAUGAUACAAAUCUAGGUAAGGGAGGUGCAGUGCAGGUGAGAGCAUUCGCCUCCGACCAAUUGAAUGUGGCCAGGGUUCAAAUCAGCGUUGACACCAUAAUUAUGUAGGUUGAGUUUGUUGCUUGGUCUGUCCUUUACUCCAAGAGGUUUGACUCCGGGACUACUCCGGUUUUCCCUUCUUAAAAAUCCAAUUCGAUCUGGAAAGCAUAGACACGUUCCUUAUGUUACUAAAUCCUCGCUUGGUUAUAUGUCUUCUUUGAGCAUGAGUAAUUCAAUUGAGAUUCACUUACUUCUCGUCUACAUUAUGAUCAUUUCAUUUUGUUCACACAUUAAAAAUUAUUUUAUGAAAUAAAUGAAAUAGCUUCACACAUCAAAGGCCUGUAACUGCCCAUGUGGAACCACGUCCCUUAAUGUACCACUUGCUUGCGGCAUCAGUUUAUUUUUAGUGGCCCAUUUAUAAAGGAAAGCGAUCUUUAAAUACCAGGCAUCCCAAAAUAAGCAUGGUUCUGUCAAACAGUCCAGAGAGAAACACAAAAGAGAAAGAGUAACAAAACAAAACAAACCGAAAAAAUCUUAACUUUGUCCUACCGGCCACCACCAACGUGUUUUCCCUUCAAAAUAGUUUUGGGUUCCCCAGUGUCUCCGGAAAACCUUUUCGCAAGAAAAUGAAACCUGGUAUAUUUCCAGCAGAGAAAAAACAAACAAGGAACGGAAAGUGAUAGCAGCAGGGAGGAGUGAAAAUGAAAGGUAAAAGUCGAGGGGGCAGUGAAAAAAACCUUUAUUACCUUCUGUGCAUGGCCGUACUUUGAAGGUUGUGACUGUAAUUUCAUAUCAGGAACAAACGCUGGCGUACUAUAGCUACUUGACUUGUAAUCAGCAUUUUGGGUAGAUUUGGUUCUUCUGGCACAAAAGUAACCAGCAAACGGAUCGAGUAACUUUAACCUUGCACUGCCGGUGGGCACACGUCUUUGUCAAGUAAAUUGCAUGAAAUUUCACAUUUAGCAACAUAAAACUGAUGUAAGAUCCUGGAACCAAUAAGUUGCAUAAAUGUUGUAGUUAAUUUUUAUCUGACGUAAUUUUUAUUUUUCCUUUGUUUCAACUUUAUUAAACAUACAUUGCCAUGCCCAAAAACAAAAGAAAAACAAAAUUACCUGAGGUAAAAAAUUAGCUACAACAUAAAUCUUGGUGUUGAAUGUAAACGUUCGUGGCCAGCUUCUGACGUCAAGUCCAAUCACACUGACUCUUUAUUUAAGCACCAAACGUUAACAGUUAAAUUUGAUGUCAUGUUUUGUUGCAACAAGAUGCUGGUGCAUUUUGAACAACCACCUGAAGAUUUCCUGUCCGUGUUAUCUAACAAUUUCACUAAGGUGGUAGCUUGUAUGCAAAUUUCUCCCAUGAUUUGUCAUUUUCCCGUUUUAAAGCCAGACAUUUAGAUGUCAUAGUACAAGAUACAAGUCUUUUAAUAUGCAAGUAUUUUAACUAGGCUUCCGUCAAAAAACGCAAUUUUAACGGGAGUUCACAAACCCGUGGUUAAGUGGGGGAAAAUUAAAUCCGGGUUAGGCUUAACCGGGGAUUAAUUUAACCUUCCUUUUGAACAACCGGGCCCUACUUUAGGCCCCUGCUCCUAUUGACAUCAAAGUGUACAAAUCCAUUUUUGAUUUAACUGUUUGCUUCAUAAUUAUGUUGUAUAAUUAGCAAUUAAUAAAUGAGACAGAGUAGGAUGUGAAGAAUUAAGCAGAUCGAGGAGGGUGUUAUCCACGAUAACACCCUCCGAGAUCUGCUUUAUUCUUCAUAUCCUACGAAAGCCGAAUUCAUUAAUUGUUUUAUUAUUCAUUCAAAAUAAUUCCUAGUUUAAAAACAUAGCUAAAACAUGCUUACCUGCAUCGAUGUUAAGUUUGUCUUCGAUAGUGUACGUUUAGGUUUGUCCAGUUCCGCAAAUAUUCUCCAAAUAGCAGAUGUCGCGCUCCGUGUUGUGUUCUUGCUGUUUUUGCCAUGAUUUUAGCUAUUAUUUCGCCUAGCUCCAGCUGUAGAAACGAGUGAAGUGUCCGCCAAUUUUGCUUCACAACGAAAACAACUCAACCCCGUCUCCAGGUCUUCUCGGUUAACGGUACAUUAACCUGUAGCGGGCUGCAUUUGUGACGUCAUUUCCUCGUUAAACACAAAUUUCUUCCAAAUUUGGUCAUCAGUAACUGGUUAUGGUGAGUUAUGCUUGUGUUUUUAGCCAAUCAGAAUUGGGGAAAUAUUUUGAAUGAAUAAUAAUGCAUGUUAUGUUGUUACUAAUUUUAAAAGAGUUAUGGUAUUGUAAAGCGCCACGGACAAUUAGUGGAGUAUGGCGCCAAAUAAAUGCAUUUUCAUUUUUCAUUUAUAAUUAACGUAAGUCAUUUCAACUUGAUUAAGUCAAUAAUACUUAGACCUUAGUUAUAUUUAUGCUUCAUGUUCCUUUAGAUAGUAUUAUCGAAUCAGUUAUUGCUGUUGGUGGAGUCUCGCUUUUGGUGAACUCUGUUUGCUGGGAUAACCAAUAAUGACAAUUCCAGUUUGGGAUGAAUUUGGCCACAAGAGUGGCCGUCUUAUUUCAUUUAAGCAUAUACAGCUAGGAAAAUCCAGAUACACAAGAAGAUUAUCCCAGCAAAGGUGAGGGCACACCCGCCAUCCGGGACAUGAAAGUGGAGCAAAAGGGGAGGGAAGGGAGGGAAGAAAUGUUUUCUAACUUUCUUGUUGCAGUGAGCAGAGAGGCUUUGUGCCUCGCUUAUGUCUUAAAAACACACAUAUAAUUUCCCGGAUGGCAGGAACGCCCCCUUACUAGUAAAGACUUACUAGCAGCUGGAGAAAUGACACAUUAAUCAGUCAUAUUAAGCAUAAAACCAUUUAUUUCUUUCAGAAAUAAAUUUCAUUUCUAGCACAGUUUUGACAUCUAUUAACCAGAUAUAUAAAAAUAACAAAUUGUCUUGUAGCAAGAAGCCAUUUUAUUCUUUUGCACCAUUGCAGAACAUGUACUUAUACCACAGCCAACCGAUGCUUCACAUUCCUUAGGAUUACCCCACGGUUAGUUGCACAUUAUGUAAAAGAAUGCUUAAAUAGAUCACCAUGAAAAAAGAAAAACAAAAUUUGUCCAUACGGUUUUUAGGGUUCGGUGUCCUUAACUAGGAGAUCAACUUUGGAGGGCUGUAAUUUUGUGAAAAUGGCAGUCUUAAAACAUAUCCUUUGGUUAUUUACUAAUAGUAUUUCUCCUCCAAGGAGACUAAUUUACUUCCAGGCAUAGUCAAAACUGGACUGAAACUCGCCCGACGAUCCUCCCACCAGACAGUGCCUGCACAGCAACUCAGUAGUUAGAUAAAUGCCAUCAUGCUGACCCUUCAGUACAGAUCUUGACGUCCUACUGGAUCACAAGUCUUUUCUAACAAUCAAUUAAUCAAUAGUCAUCGAUUUCCAUCGAAAAUCAUUAUUAAUCAAAGUCACAACUUUUUUCUCUAUCGAUUUCUAUGGAUUGGUAUCGAAAAUCGAUAUCAUUAUCCAUCGAAGAUUGUUAUAGAUUUCUAAAGAUUGUUAUCGAUUGACUAUGCCUAUCCUGAGAAAACAGCCGGCAUUCCACGACGCCACCAGUGGUUUCCGCGCUAAAUCGACGUCUGAGAAACGAGCGCAGAAAUUCUAUACGGAUGACGUGUCACUACUUAGAUCUGGGUAGUGCUUCUGAUUAACUAAAACAAAUUUCCCUCAUGGCACGACCAAUCAGAAGCUCUACCCAGAUCUGGGUAGUGACGCGUCAUCAGCAUGGAAUCUCUGCGUUCGUUUCUCAGAUGUCAUUUCGCGGGGAAACCAGUGGUGGCGUCGCGAAAUGUCGGCUGUUUUCUCAGGCUAGACUACGCCUGAUUUGCUUAGAAGAUGAGCGUGUGGCUGAUGUGACUGCUUUGUUUCCAAAUAGUAAUGUACGUGACAGCAUCGCAAUUUACAAUUCAUAAUGAAUUCAAAACUGACGUUCGUGAAGGGGGAAUUGCAGCAAUUGGACCCCAAAGUGAGGUUCGUGUGGGACAAUCAUCAGCUGUGACUACUCGGUUAGUGCUUGAUUUUAUUGUAAUAGAAAGAUCUUGUCAUGUUUAUUUCAGACUAAAGGUUAACAGAAGUUUUUUGGCUUCCUUUUCGAAGUUUCUUAAUAUUUAGAAGUUUGGAAACUACUGUUGGAGGAAUGCUCGUGUCUGUCUUUAACAUGAAGUUGUCAGUCUCUGAGUGAUUUCAAAGAAUUUAAUUUGCUUAAGUGGAAUGACAAACCAGCCCGUAAAACUUUGGGUUCCGGGAUUCAGAAAGCAAGAUGGAAGCUGCCACCCAGUUUGGGAGAAAGGACAGAAUAAGGGAUAAAGAGGGAGAGGUGGAUGGACUUAGAUCGACUUAAGUCUUUUUUCUUUUCCUAUCCUACCUCUCUAAUCAGCGAUAUUCAUGUCUUUCUCGUCAAUAGAUAGUCACGGCCGUUUUGCUUGUUCUUGUUCUUCCUAUCGCAUGCCUUAACAAUUAAAGAUAAUUAUGAAAGAAACUGUGGUUCCUUAGAGCGAUUUUCGUAUGACCUUGAAAUGAAAACGCGCGAACAAAAGAGAAACAACAAACGGACGGAAAUAGAGCGAUUUGAUUGGUUUAUCGAACGGAUAUAAACGCGUGGCUUUUGGUUGGUUAAACAAAUGUACCUAUCAAUGUAAAGCCGGCAAGCGGGGGGGGGGGGGCAGGGGGGGGCAGAGCACGGGGUGGGGAUUUGAUUGUCUUUGUUGGCCCUGGGGUAGGGCAUUUGACUGAUCUUGUUCUCCCAGGGAGGGAUAUUUGAAUCGUUCUUCACCCGACGUGGAGAUAUUUGACUGCCGACUCGGACGAAAAAGACUGAGACCGAACAUAUGUUGCCCGCUUCCACGCUUCACGCAUGCGCCCUACGGUUUGAAAAGAUCAGGAAGUCAUGGAGGCCAAUGAGAACAAGCGAAGGCUGAGUGGAUUUCACUGUUUUGUCUUCAAAUUUCGUUUGUUUUAGCGUGUUUUUGAUCGAUUGAACCUCUUAAAAUACUGUGGUAUCAAAGUAAACGGAAGUAAAGAGAAACCAAGUCGAUUUUUGCAAGUACAAUUGAUUAGUGUAUGGCUCAUUCGCCACAAUCAGUGUAAACUUAUAAAACUGACUUUAUUUGUACCCCUUACUAAGAACGGUAUAUUUAAACUUACAAAAUGUGGAGUUUCUCCUAAAGGUUUAUGUAUUCUACGCAGUGUAACACGGAUUAUGGUUAAAAUGUAUAAUUGCAGCUGUAACAGGAACAUGUAUCUUUGGUGAUGCAGCAACGUUUAUAAAAGAUUGCAGAGUUUUAUUUGGAGAUACUUUUAUUGCGCCGUUCUUAGGUUCUACCUUGGGAUUGACAGCAAUGUGCAGCCUGGGGUGGGGAAAUUUGGUUGCAUUUGACUGGAAUGAUUUGCCCGUGGGCAGGGAAUUUGAUUGCAAAUAUUUAAAAAAAGUCAAAUCCCCACCCUAUGCCCUGCCUUCCCCCGCCGGCAUUACAUUGAUAGGUGCAAAACGCUCGGGUGAAAAAACUUCAUGCUCGAGAACUGUCUACAAAUCAAUCGAUACUUCGCUUUGACGUUAUACGGCGACACGAUUGCCAAUUGCACAAUGCCUUCUCCAUAUUAGGGUUUUCUUUGGCGGGAAAACGAAGAGUCCAUGUGUUGAUCUUUUCAUCCAUUGGCUGAUAAAACAAAUAACGAACACUCACCUAAAACGUGAUUGGAUAUUAACGACAUCUAAAUGGUCUUCGUUUAGGCGUCUCCUGGGGUUAGGUGGAAAUGUGGACUGGUCUGUGGAGUGGGAGUCUAUGUUAAGCUUCAGUUUUAUUCUUGGUUUUCAUUUUAUUUUAGGGGGUUUGGUAAUGUAUGAUAAUAAGUUGUUUUAAAACAAAGGAAAAUGAAUUCAAACCAAGGAAAUUGAACCACAACAUGUGCACGCAGGUUACAUCUAAACAGAGCUGAUAAGUAUUGACAGUAUUGACCGCGGUGAUAACAGAGAAAUUUCCCAAAUCUGAAGCUACGAUUGCCAUUUUCCCUGUAAUAUAUAGAUUUAGCCAGGGCUACAAGCGAAUCCUCCGUUUCUAUACUUAUGAUAAACGCAAUCCAAUUAAAGUAAUAACAUGAACUCUAAGCCAAAAAAUCUUCACAUCCCUAAGAGCCUUCGGCAUCAGACACCUUUAGAGGGAGGGGCUAAAUGAUUAAGAAAAAAAAUAUCCCGCAAACAAACCUGAAUUGAAAAAAUUGUUAAAUUGUAAGUCUCUUAAGUAUCGGUGAUUCUGUGUUUAAGGGAAGACGUAAAAGUAAAAUCAGGCCGACUUAAGGACUUUUGUCUUCCAGUAAGCCCAUUAUAUUUUCUUUUCUUUUUUUUUUUGACGAACAGUUAUGUGUAGCCUUUACAUUUAUACCACACAAUAUCUGAAAGAAAUUUUUACCGUAAGGUGUAUAAUAUUUUCUCCGAGGACAGACAUACGAAAGAAAACGAUAAUCUUUUUCGCUCUUAUAACAAUAAUCCAAUUUUUCACUUCAAAUAUAAACGUUAAUACAGCAACUUACAACCUUUUAUUAUUGAAAAAAAAAAAAAAGACAAACUCGGGCUCCAAAAGCCGGCAAGUCUCUCCGUUUUAGAAUAGAGGAGAACGCUUUCAUUUUUUAGAUAAGCUCGUAAUGAUUAAGAAAAUGAGUAGCAAUUCAAUGCGGAACAUGUGCAAAAACAACACUUCAGUUUUAAUUUGAGAAAGGGCCCGUCUGAAUGUUUCUAAAAAUGGCACGAUCUGUGAUCGUUUUUUGAGCUUAUGUUAUGAAUGAACAAUGACAGAUAAAUAACUUAAUUUCUUGAAAAUUUUUAUUCAAAAACCCAUAAGUUAAUCCUAAAAAGCAAUUCGCAUUCGCAUAAUUGCAAGUCAAGUUAAAUCGUUGCGUUCGCGCAAGUUAAAUCGGUCGAGCACGUGGUAAAAAAAUCAGUUUCAAAUGCACAUUUUUUGGUUUUUCUUUCACGCCGAUCUCAAAAUGUAGAAAACGUCCAUGAAGCCUUUAUAAAUACAAAAAUUCCUUUUUAAAAACGAACUUUUCUUUGAUCAUAGAGUACGGAAUGUACCUCAAGUGUCUUCAGAGACCUCGCUGCCUUGGUUGGUUCAAAACAAGCCAAGCGCUCCGAUCCGCCGUGUAGAAACAAGGUUGAAUUCUUCGAAAGACAAUAUCAUUGCGAAAAGCUUUCGUUUGCCCACAAAAACGAGACUGAGCAUUCCUUUGAACUUUCUUUUUGCAUUUGUCUUUCAUCGACGUACUAUCAAUCUUGAAAUGCAAAACUUUAGUCUUGAAAACCACCACAUCAUGAACGCGCGCCAGCCUUUUUGUUGAUGGAUGACAUUUAAAAGGUGUCAAAUAUGUUUCUUCCUCACCCCUAAAUGGUUGACAUGACCAUUGGACGUUCGUGGGGGAGUGGAGUAUGGGUUAUUUUACCGAUUUAGUUUGUAUUGGAAGAAUUUUUUCCCAAAUCUCUCUGGAGUUAGAAUUUUUUCCCCGACAUAUAACGGUGUAAGAUUUUGCUCAGCAUUAUACGUCAUGAGCGAUAUUUUUUCAGUGCAGGAUAUUUUUCUCCCAGGAAUUUAUUUGCAUGCUUUUUUCCUCUCGAAAUCAGUCUGCAGGACAUUUUUUCUGAAAUCACUCAUAACUUCUUCUAAAGUCAAAUGGUCGGUCCCUAAAAUCCACAAAACAUUUGGUUAGUUGACAGAUUCUGAUUUGUCAAUCAUUUCUAAAGGGUUUAAAACAAUAGGGGACAAAAUUCUCUAGGGGAGAGGGGAGGAAUUCGUUUCUACUUACCCCUACCAGGAAAGUCCGUACGGACGGACGUACGGUGACGUCAUAACCAAAUUUUCUCGGAUGGGUAGUUUACCAAAUUUUAUUACCCAUGGUGCUCCGCUGUGCGCGCUUCGCGCGCGCGGAGGCUCUGCAAUGAAGUUUGAUACUUCAUCGAUAUUCUUAUAUUUUAUUCAGAAAGCUUUUAAAUGCACUGAGAAAGUCCUAAGUAAUUGAAGACAGAUGCUGCGAAUUUGUCUGCGACAUUUUGUGCUAGCAUGAAGCAUUUAAGCUAAGAAACAUUUUUACAUUAACAUGCUACAGUCGACUCCCGAUAGCUCGAACCUUCAAGGGAAAUCGAAAAAAGGUUCAAGUUAUCGGGAGUUCGAGUUAUCUGGAGUUCGAGUUAUCGGGAGUUCGAAGAAAAUAGCCGAGAGUAAGGUAAAAAACAGUUUUUACUGUACAGUGAACAUUUUAAUCACAUUUAAUUGUAGAAAUGUCAAGUGAAAAUUAAAAGAUACUUCUAGAUUAUAAAUCAGAACGUAACGUAACAAAACAUAGCCUAAAUAGAGCAUGCGUCACUUACUGUUUUGAGAAGAAAAGCUGCUGAGCGUUUCACGUUAGCCUGUGACAAUCAACAUCAGCCUCCACUAGUAAACUAUACUCCUACAACACGUCAAUAGGAAAUCAAAAAUUCAAUGCUUCGGACGCCAGUAGACGGCUUUUUUCCCGACUCAGUUAAGGGCUCAAAACAUGGUUCGAGUUAUCGAGGGUAAAAUUAUGUAGAAAAUGACCUGAGGGGAAACGAAAAUUGGUUCGAGUUAGCGGUUCGAGUUACCGAGGGUAAAAUUACAGUGAAUGUAUGACGGCAAUCCAGGGGAAAUCGAUUUUGGUUCCAGUUAGCGCGAGGUUCGAGUUAAUUUCAUUUCAGUGGUAAACAAAACCAAAUUAAAUAAACAGAAAAUAGCCUGUGUACUGACGCCCCCUCCCCUCAAAAAACAAAAACAAAAAAAAAAGUCGGAGAAGAAUUGAGAGUCUCUCUUCCCAACUAUUUUUAAGUGGAGGGGCAUUCUGUAAACAUGCUUACAGAAAAUGCAUCAAGCGUUUGACCGCGGUGGGUUAUGGAGAGCUUCUUUAAAGUGAAAAGGCUUGAAAAACCUUGCAAGUAUUGCAAAAAACCUUAUAAGGGCUGGCGACAUAAAAGGAGAACAACGUAAUUAAGGACUGGUGCAAGGCAGUGUCGCUGUUACCUGUUGCCACUGUAUCUGACUGCUAUCACAUAUCAUUUGAUUUUUUAUAGUGUUCAGCCCCAGCUUCCCUCCACUGGUGAAAGUAGUUACAGUAUCAACAUGUCUGGUGGAAAUGCCAGUGUUGGUGACUACAGUGUAAUCAAUGUGGGAACAACAACACCAAGGUGACUUAUACUGAGUAUCAUUUGUAUUAAUACGAUCAUAAGGAACUCUUACAAAUAGUAUAAUUGCUAAAAGACCUCAUAAAUUAAAGCUACCAAAAGCGAUCAUGCGAGCCUGUGGCCAGUAUAUAGAGGCAACCGAGGCAGCCAAGGCAGCUCUUACAAUUUGGAGAGUUUUUGUGUGUCUCGCAAAAAUGUAGGGCUAAGAUAGCUAUAUGCAUUUCAUUUUUUUGCUAUUGCCUUGGUGAAGAUUUUCAUCUGGCUGUGGGUAAAAGUGGACAAGCGUGUAAAGCGAGGGAGAAGUACAAGGGAGAGGAGACGCCCCUAGCACAAAUCCCAGGGGCGUAGCUAGCUGUACGCACGGUACGCACUUGGGAACCUGAAAAAGAAAAAGUCGAGGGUAAAAAAAUGGAAAAUAAUAACUAUAAUACAAAAGUGAGUAAUAAAAAAAUCAAAAAAGAAUUACAUUAUUUAAAUCUGCUUUUUGCUUAGCGGUUGAAAAUAUUUUUCUAAAGCAACGUAGUCCUUUAUUUGUGGAUCGAAUCAAGCUUGAUGUAUGUCAGUUGAGCUUCAACUACAUAUUGAUACAUCUGUGCGCAAAGUGUAUAAUGGGACUACGGUACGCUUGAUUACAAACCACUGUUUUAACAAACAGCGUUGACUUAACGUUUACUUGGAUAAUGUUGUAGUUCUUGUUUUUCUAUUAAACAUUUAGUCAAAAAAAAGUUACACUUUUUUGGAAGGAAAACUUAAUAAGAGCCCCCCUUCUAAUAAGCGCCCCUCCUUUGAACCGAAAUUUUGAAUAACCGUUAGGGCUCCCAUUCGAGGAAGUACGGUAUUCGUUACCACUCUCACUCGCUACCACUCUCACCACUCGCCAUUGCAUAUUAUUUUCCAUUAGAUUUUACCUACGUGUACCUUUAUUUGGGUGACCAUCAAGUGGUUAAAUUUUCUUUUUCAAAUCAAUUAGUUAUAAGCUUAGGUUUAUAAAAAAUGCGGCCCAAUGGUUGUGUUUUGGGGAUGAUCAGACCUUCUUCUCUGUAGCCUCUACUUUCUUCUGUUUAAUUCUUGCUCGUGCACAAACCUGCAACUAAAGGAUCUGGAAAAAGGGAUAGUUUGCCGUGCGAGCGUUCAUGUUGUCAAACAGUUUUAACGUGGAUUUCAGCAAAAAUAGUUUCGAAAAAGUAGUGUCUAAGAAUAACUGCUAUAAAAUUCGUCCAGCUUGAUUAGUUUGAGGCUUCCAAGAGUGUAUCCCUUGUCUUCCGUGUCCUGUAUUGUAAUAAACAAUCUGUUUGAUUGUUUGUAUCUUACAGAACUCCAAGUACUGCCGAAAGUAUAGAAGCUCCAUUUGGGUUUCCGGAGAGUAAAACUGGUACAAACCCCGAGAUUGCUAGCUCAGGAAGUCCUUCAGAAAGUGAAAAUGUCUCUAAUAACCCUCUAAUGCUACCCAUGGCAGUCCCUGAAGUAGGCAAUGCAGGAUCUUCUGAGCAGACUGCACUUGCUACUGGUUCUCGCGGAGCAUUGUCCAGUACCGUUCCGGAGACUAAAAACUCAGGACCUCCCCCUGGAGAUUCAACCGAUGUUAAAGUCCCUGAAAAAUUGCCUGUUAGCGUUCCUGAAGUGGGCAGUGCAGGAUCUUCCGAGCAGAAGGAAGUUGCGAUUGGCUCUCGCCUAGCAUUGUUCAGCCCUGUUCCAGAGACAAAAAACUCAGGAAGUCCCCCUGGAAACUCAGCCGAUGUUAACGUCUCAGAAAAAUUACCUGUUAGUGUUCCUGAAGAAGGCAGUGUGCGAUCCAUCUCGGAAAAGGAAAAUGCUGUCAAGGGUCUUGGAACAUUAUCCUACCCUGUGACUGAAAGUAAUCAUCCUAGGUCUCCCACGGAAAAUUCAAGUGAAGCUGAUACCCCUGGGAGAUUGCCACAUCCGAUUCCUGAAGAAAAUAAAAAACCGGAAUUAAGCAAAACAAAGGCUACUUGCACGUCUCUAACUGAAACUACAGCAACUACCGCAGUUAGUCAGGGUACCGCCUUAUCAAGUGUUCAAGGGUCCAUAAACUGUAGCAGUUCAGAGAGAUGCACACCACUCUCUGGAAUUGGGAAAAAGUCAUUCAACCAUGGAAAAGCUUCUGGGGCCCCUAGAUCAACUAGUGAAUUACAACAGCAGCAUACAUGUAGAGAUGAACUGAAAACUGCUUCUGCUUCGUCAGCAAUGCAGGGACCUUCGGGUAAGCUUUGUUCACUUGUCUGGGUACUUUACACGAUGUGCAUAUUAAUACACCCCAGUGUCAUCUUUUCAAUGCAUUUUGUUGGCAAUACUGCAAUAUCAGAUGAGCAUUCCUUGCAUAGGGUUUGGGUUGUGUCAUCCUCGGAGACCCAGGGACGGUUAGUCGGGCCGUGAGAAAAGGCGCAACGAAAGUUUUCAAGCACAGGCGGAAAAGCCCUUGGGUACCGACUCUCACAAGACCAUUUCCAAACGGUCAAGCGAAUGCUGGCUCCUGAUUGGGCACAAAAAGUGCUUUGUAUUAUUGUGCCCAAUCGGUGAACAGUUUCUUUUGAGUUCUUUUUGUGAGUUCGUACACGACGGCUAUUAGGGAGCUUAAGCAACGACGACCCGAACGGCAACGAGAACGGCAAAAAAGCAAUAGGUUUGAUUAGCAAAACAACAACUUUGCACGUGCAUCACGCUUUUUUUGCAUAUUUCUUUGCCGUCGUUGCCCGACUACGACGUGAAAGUGCUUGAAUAGGCCAUUUUACAGUUAUGUAUGGAACCGAGGCUGGAGUUGACCUUGUUUUGAUACAAACUUUCCUGCUUUAUCAUGUAAAUCAAGUUAUUCUUAUGCUAACCAGUAUUUUUCACGUACAAUUUCCAUAACAGAGCAAAGGAGGUUUGUAUCAAAACAAGGUCACCGUCAGCCUCACAUUCACUCGAAGGCUAGGGUGCUUAGUCCACAACUGAAAAAUGGUCUAUUCACGUUUUGUCGAGGACGGGAACGCAAGACAACAACUUUCUUUUCUUUUCCUGAACUUUGAUACAGUCCUUUAGAAUUCAACUCCAAAAACAUUUGCCAACAUUUGACGAAGUAAACGAGAUGGAAUAAGCGCGAUAAAGUUUGAAGCGGUGCAAAUUCACUUUUUAAGUGACGUGUUUGUAGCCGUCGCCGUCGUUGUUGCUUAAGCUCCCUAUUAUCUCGCCACAGUUUCCCGGCUCGUUCACCAAGCUUUCCUAACCAGAAACGAAGGAACUACCGAUGAGUCGAACAACGUUCCGAAUGCUAUCAGCAGGAGCAAUUCAAUUUGCACUAAGAAAAUUCUGUUUUUGACGGAUCACAAUGUGUCGUAAAUAACAGUAAGUUUAAGAUGCAGCAGCGACGAGAAGUAAAAAUAAGCAAUAGCUUGACAAGGCAAAACAACAACUUUGCACGUGCAUCACUCUUUUUUUGUGCAUUUGGCUUUGCCGUCACUGCACGACUACCACGUGAAAAUGCCUAAUUUCACGUUUUGUGAAGGAAGUAAACAAGCAAUGACAAGAUUUUCUUUCUCUUUAUGAACUUGGAUAUGGUUGAUAGAAAUUCAGCUCCAGAAGAGUUCGCUUGCGUUUGACAAAGUACGCCAAAAAUGUGAAUUCACUUUUUAUGCGACGUUUUCGUGGCUGUCAGCUGUCGUGGCAGCUUAAAAAACUCCCUAAUAUUUACGAAGGCGUGAUUGAUGCAAGCGUGAAUACCUGUUGUAAGCUCAAGAUUGUGUUUUUGGAAAAGCGUCUUUAGUUUUCGGGUAGACAGUAUUUUGAAAUGGAGAGUUUAUAUCAAACUGAAAAUCUCCUGACAGCGUGCAUUUCUUUGGUGCAUGAGCCAGACAAGCCGUGAUCGAGUCUAUAGCCGUUGUGUACGAACUCACGAAAAGAACUCGGGAGAUGCUGUUCGCAGAUUGGGCACAAUAAUACAAAGCAUUUUUUGUGCCCAAUCAGAAGCCAGCGUUCCCUUGACCGUUUGGAAAUGGUCCGCUGAGAGUCAGUACCCUGGGUCUUUUCCGCCUGUGCUUGAAAACUUUCGUCGCUCCUUUUCUCCCGGUGCGACUGACUGCCCCUGGGUCUCCGAGGAUGGGGGUAUGUAAGCUUACCUUCCAUGUGGCAGCGGACCAUUCAUAGCCUAGCUUGUUGUAGCAGGAGUCGAAAGGGGUAGGGGAUUGGGAAGAAGGAGAAAAGGGAGGGGAUUGGGGAGAGAGGGACCCUCUUUCUCCCUUCCCCUCCCCUCCCCUUUUUGCGCCUACCCGGCACGCAGGCUAUUCUUAAGGAGGUAACCUCCCACGCAGAUGUUCUUCGGGCUUCUUCAUCCGGUGGAACUCGUGACGAAGUGGAACCUCUAUAUUACGUAGUCCUUUGUAUAGCGAACGGUUUUCUUUACCCCAGUAUCCAUAGUGGAACUGCCCACCUACCCCUCCCCUAAGCCAACAUGUUUCCCUAAGUGAGAAGUAAGUUUUAAUGUUGGUUUAGGGGAGGGGUACAAUGGAGGUGGGCAGUUCCCAGAAACCUAUUAUGAUCCGUAAUAGUAAAAUAUCUGAAAACGAAGCUUGAUGUAACAAAACCUCUCAGUGCAGCGAACAAAUUUUGCCAGUCCCUCUAUUAGCCCUUCGUUAUGUCGAGGUUUUACUGUAGCAAAAUUCCUAGAGGGAGGGAUCAAACAAACUACUUUUGAAUCGGCUUUUCUGAUUUUCCUUUGCUUCAGAUAAUAUCAAACUGCCUGAAGCAAGGACAACCAUUCCACGUACAAAUAGAGCUGAUGAACGAAGCAACAGACUAGUUGAACAGUUUGGUAGUCCACGGCCGCCAUCAGAUCAUGCUUUAGCGGCAGCAUCUAAUGCAGUUGGUGAAUUCAAGAAUCCAACCGCGUCUUCAAGGAGAAGUUCGUCAAGGGAAGCGCCACACAGGAAAGAAAAAUUUGUGAGAGGUAACUCCUUUCCCGACAGUGAUGAUCAAAUGCAGAUACCGGAAUCAAACCAAUCAAUAAGGAGUGUCGGAAACGGACAACAACACAGAGGUGGUGGCGGCUUAGGUAACUGUAGCGAGAACAGGGGUGAAGCUGCACAGAAUGGAAAUAGUUUUGUUGUACCAAUUAAUUCUGAUCCUGGGGAUGACGUAAAAGGAAAGGAAAGGUGCGAUAAGAAUUGUAACAUCAUAUGA